CGCGUGUGUGUCUCUCUCUGUCUUCGUUUCCGCGCGCGAGAGCUGUUUUGAGCAGAUGCUUAAGCUUUGUUGCCGUCAUUGUUGCUGUUCUGCUCGAUCCAUUCCUUCAAGUCGUUAGCUCACUGAAGCCUGAGCUUGCAGAUCGGAGCUCUACAUCUCGCCACCUCUCCGUCCCGUCCUUCUUGAAGCUAGCAUUGCAAUUAGGCACUGUAUAUCUCGCUGCUUUCUUGUAGCAACCGCAUUGUAGGCGGCACCUCGCUAAAUUACUGCCUCGAGCUGGCAAGUCUUAUUGCGAAACGGCUCGGUUUUUAUUAUUAGGAUUCGAAGGACUUAAUGGAAUGUGACGGAUGUUGACGAGACUGUUUAGCAUGUUCUUUGCAUUGGGAAAAAUGUAAGGGAUCUGAGCUAGGAGUGACACAGACGAGUCUGUGAGUUGUGGAAAGGGUUUCUUUCUUUUCCUUUUAGUCAGUGAGUUUGUUGGAGUUCGUGAGCUUAGUGUUUCUUACGUGUAGUAUUUCGCUUCGUUGCGAGCUGGUGGCUGUGAGAAGUAUAAACACCUUUUAACGUUGUUUAUGGAAGAGUAUGGACGAGGAAUUGUUGUUCAGAACCUUUAAACUCACCGUGCACACUGGUGAAGAACUUUACAGGGUUCAUCUAUUGUCGAAAUGGUGUUUUGUAUGAAGAGUGUGACUGUUCAUCAGGUACCUGUGAGGUCAUGGAGAAUUACAGGAAUAUACUAGGCAACACAUUUUGUGGAGAUUUGCGGUUAUUUUCGAGCUUUAUGGAUGGCUGAUUGGUAAUGUGGUAAUUGAAACGUGGGAAAUAAGGGGCCACUAGUAGGACUGGGGACGAAUCGUAAGAGAGUUGUGGCCACUAUCUGGCGCCUCCACAUUUUUUUGUCACUAGAGAAUACGGUUUUGCUAGAAGCAUUUAUCAGCUGCUUACUGGGCUCAAGUGACAAUGAUAUUCCCUGGUUCAAACGUGUAAGGACCGUGUCUUUUGACAUCUUCUGGAAGGAACAUGCUACUUCUUGCUUCUCGUUCUCAAAACCUCUUUCUCUUCAAAUUUCGAACUAUUGCUGGCAGCAGUUGAGCGGUAGAAAUUAUUUUGAGAGGGAACUUCGGUUGAUUAGGUCUCCUGGAGCUCCACCUUUUUACUUACCUCUUAUUUUGCGAACAGUCCCUUUCUCUUUAAGAUGCACAUUCCUCUGGAAUACUUGGACGAUGUGGAGCACAAUGACUGUCCACAUGGAGUCGCACUCUACACAUUUUCAGUGGAGCACUAAUAGAUAAUCCAUUCCUACUCCUUUUGAUUCUCUGUGACCUCGGGACCGGCUAGUAUCAUCAAUCCUUUAGUGACAAAGCCUCGAAAUCUAAGCUGCUGAUCCUUUCUGCUGCAAUUGACUGUUUUUGGUUCCACCAUACGUACUAAUCCAGGCCAUUGCAUUCUGGGAAACAAACAUCCUUAAUCCAUCCAAGCAAUCUAGAGGCAAUGAAGAUAAGCGACAUCGAAGGUAGUUACAUGGAUUCCUACGAGGCUGACUACAAAAAGGGGGAGGAUGUCUUUGCAGAUGUCCAUAACUUGGAUCAUUGCAUCAAGUACUUAAAUCAGUCGCUGGUUGCCUUGGGGUUUCCAUCUGGACUCAGUUUAUAUUCAAGUGAUCCUGUAUCAACUGCAAAGACAUGUAAUUGUAUAUAUUCAAUGAUUCAGCAACGACAACGAGACAUUGAGUACCGUGAAGCUGCUAACGAGACGAGACAAAGGCUGAUGUCAGAUAUGUCUAGGCUAGAGGCCAAGAUGGAAAGAUUGGCUGAUCAGCUUAGUAGCAAGGAACGUGAAUUGCAAGUAAUGGCAAGCAAGGAGCAAAAGAUGGCAACUGCGUUCAAGACACAGUUGGAAAAAUUGCAACAGGAAAAGGAUGAAUUCCAACGUAUGCUGAUUGCCACACAGCAAGUGAGAUCACAGCAAAACCACGAAUUGAAGAAGAAGGAAAAGGAAUAUGUGAAGCUACAGGAGCGGCUCAAUCAGGUGGUGAUGGAGAAAAAGAAGGAAUCGAAGAAUGGCUUAGAAAUGAUACAUCUCCUUCAGAAAGAAGGAAGACAACGAGGUACAUGGAACCCUAAGAAGACUGAUGGGGACUUUUACAAAAUGAUAGUUGAUGCAUAUGAGUCGAAGAAACAGGAGCUAGUGGCUGAGAAUGCGGAUUUACGUGCAUUGUUACGAUCCAUGCAGGCUGACAUGCGUGAUUCUUUGAAUACAUCAAAUGGUAUGCCUAGGUCUGGAAGCACUGGUAACGGCAGUGUGGAUCUUGAACCACCUCCGACUCCUUUGCAAGGGCGUACUGAUGUCUUUGACCUACCAUUCCAUAUGGCCAGAGAUCAAAUUGAGCAGAGCUUGCGAGCUAAAAUGUCCUCUAUAAAGGAACGCAUGAUGCAACUGCAAGGAUCUCAGAAUGAAGGACAAGCUAGUGUGUCUUGUGCACGUGUGUUGCAGCUCGAAGAACAGCUACCAGAAACCCGCAGCAUCAUUGGUGAACAGGCCACCCUCAUGUCUAAGCACAUCUCUGAAUCAACAGAUUAUAGUGUUAAUCUCAAAGAUUCAGAUAAAAACAAAGACGCUAAUACCAUCUCAAGUGGAGAGACAACUGUUGGAAGAGGUGAGGAGCAAGCAAAUAGUGAAAUGAGUAGAGUCUUCAACAGAGAACCUAUCGACGCCCAACAGAAAUAUUUGGAAGAACAAGUUUCAUGGGCAUCUGCAGUCACGUCAAUGCCUCCAGACUUUGGAGGGCAUCCUGGACUCUUCGACACUAAGGGAGGGGUGUGUCAACCACCUCGGUUUGAGAGUUAUGAAGAGUUCGAGCAUUGGAUUGCUCGAUCAGCAUUUGGUGGAAGGCAUGACGAGACGAUGGUUAUGCUUCAACGGACACAAACUGUUGCAAUAGGGUCAACGGUAUCAAGUAACGAGUCAAGGUUUACGGAAAUAUCAUGAAGUUUUUAUAUGGUUAACACGGGAAAUAACUUUUAAGCUGCUGUUAGAUGUCCCUAACAGCCAAUUCAUUUGCUUUCCACAUCUUUAUUUCCUCUUUGAACCGUCGACUGUUACAGCUGUCUAAACUAGAUCUUCGAUUACAGGUUUUUGUUUUGGUUUAAUUAGAGCCUUGGGUUGUAUGUGGUAAAUUUUGAGCUGGCGUCACUCCGCCCUUUCAAAUUAGGCCUUUAGUGUAAUCUUGUACAGCUUCUCCUGGACCAUUCAGCUUCUGCUAGACUGGCGAAAUACACUUUGUUCAGUGAGUACUUUGACCAACUGACGCACGCUUUAUUCUUGUAUCUGAUCAACUGGCUGGUUAUCAUUUUGACUAUUCUGUUUACUCUCUUAA